AUAAAGUCGCCCCAAUAUCUUACGGUGAAUCUUGGGGAAUUCAGUUAAUAUCAAGUCUUCUGCUCGAUCAGUACGUACGUGUCGUUGGGAAGUGUUUUCUGAAGAUAGUAAAGUUCAAGUUGCAAAGAUCGUUGCUGCAAACCGAGGAUUUCUCAAGAUGUCGGAAACGCAAUUUUUGGUGUGUUUUCCGUGUGCUUCAGUUCGUGUGCGAUCUGUGCGGUCAGCGGUACUCCACCUUCGAGAUUCUGAUGACACACAAUCGUCUGAAGCAUUAUCAUACGAUCAAGUUCGGUUGCGGAUACUGCAACGAGACGUUUCGCCUGGAGGAUGAUCUGUACUGUCACUUCGUGCUGACGCACCGUGUCGAUCCGUACGCGAAGUCACGGUGCAAUAGCGCUGGUUCGGAUGAAUCGGAGGUGUGCGGCGGUCCGGAGGAUGCACGCAUCCGUCAAUCGGAGGAAACGGAACCGGCCAACACUUAUCCGGCUGGCCAGAUGCGGCUGAUCAGUGAAAGUGACGAUGGUUCGGAAUCGAUCUGCAGCAGUUCCGGGGAGGACUCCGAUGAAGACGGCAGCGAUUUGGAGUUGAACUACAACGAACUGUACAUGAGACGGAAGCGUAGUGCGAUGACGCAGGAAGAGAUAUCGGAGCUGACCGAUGUGUUCAAGAAGUCGGUCCAGUCGACCUACACCACGAAGCUGAGCUUAUAGCAAUAGGAGUAACAUCGAAAACCUGUAAAUAGCGGCCCAAUUUCUUGGCGAAAGACAGUUUGUAGCACAGCAGUCACCACCCUGGUCGAGGGACGGUCACACGUCAUCCAUGUAGUCAUGCGAUGCAAUUAGCUUCUCGCUAAUGUUAUGUUUUCCCCGAUACAAGUGGGAAAGGGUAUCAUAAUUCGUCGAUUGAGGAUCGCACAGAUCACGCUCUCUGGCAUCUGGAGAGCGUCGACGAUAUUACACUUUUAGCACUUAGGAAUGCAGACAAACCUCGCAGCGCCCUCGCGCGCACCUAACUCCCUAUUUAUCACAGAUGCACUCGAACCGGUAAGGUAAACAGAGGAAGAAGCGAGCUAAUGGUGGUGUGAAAUAACUUUUCGCAAAUAUUAUGAUUGUCAUCUGUGGGUUUGAUGUUGCGCCUCCUUUUCAGGGUCCACGUGAAUAGCUCAGGUCCGUCAUAUCAUGGCAUUGUUAGAAUUGCAUUUAUCGCAUUUCCGACGCUGUUACCGUGCCAGCGAACUUCUCACCGGUGAAUGUGAUUCACCGAAACGGUCCCCCGGAAACUGUUUCCAUCUUUUUGGGGGGCGAAGGUACGCGGCCCAAUGCGAAGGGCGUGCGGUAAUUGCAAAGGUGACGAAAAGGAAUCCCAUCGUCUUGAAAACGAUCAGCUAGUGUAGAAUAGGCGUGAGACACAGAGAGAGAGAGAGAGAGAAAGCAAGGGAUGGUUCGGCGUUAAUGGUGAUGUGUUAUUUGUGGAGGAAAAUAUAUGUAUAAAAAAAGUGGCAUUAAGUGUAGAGAUA